GUCUGGAGAAUGCUGGGUCCCUUGGAAAGGAAACAGUCUGGGGACUUCAGUGCAUGUUGUGCGUGAUCCAGACCUCUAGGGCAUGACCUUGCCAUGAGAGAUUGCCUUCCCCACCACGACCUGCUUCUCUCUCCUUCUUGCAGGUUGCCCUCCGGCUGGCUGAGCCUGAACAAGUCCGUGUUCCAGUUGUUGGCCCAGAAAGUUGGGGCAAGCAUGUGGCGAGAAUCAGCCCCUGAGCCAGAGCCCCCCUGGACAGAGCCACCUGAAGUGUCACCUGUGCCAUGGCCAGCCCGGGGGCUGUGUCCCAACCCUCCCUGUGAGGUGAAAGCUCUUUGCCAUCACAUUGCCACUGAGGCAGGACAGCUGAGCUUCAACAAAGGGGACAUCCUGCAGGUCAUCUCCAAGGUGGAUGGUGACUGGCUGCAGUGCAGCCUCGGCUCCAAGAAGGGACUGGUGCCCAUCAUGUACAUCACCCAUCUGGAGGAUGAGGACUAUUGACAUGGCUGGGAGGCCAAGCACAGUACUGUGGGCUGCUGAGGCUCCUCUGGGGAUGCCCACCCUGCCAGAGGAACAGACAGCUUCUUGCUAGUUUCUUACCUUUCUUGCCAUUACAGAAUACAGUAACCAUAGGUGGUUCCUUCUUGCUCUUCCUCAUGCAGCUACCAAAGGCCAAACCAGCCAUGGGGCAUUCUGUGAGCUGCACCUCAUAUUGUCAGGCAUCGGCGUGCAUGCAGCCACACCAGGGACCAUCUGAGCCCCUUCCACCCCAUGCCACCUCCAGCACCUGUAAGUGGUGGGCUUGUACAUAGCAGGGAUCCAAGAAGUCCCUGCCAGCGCGGCACUGGCUCAGUUUCACACUAGAGGGUGCAGGAUGCUGGCCAUCCCCUGCCAGGGGUGGCAGUAUGGCCUCCAGAACCCCUGGUGUCGGCAGCUACGGAGUGGGAGCACCACGCACUGCCAUGCUGCCUGGCCACAGCUAUGGGAGGGGAAGGGGUGCGUGUGUGUGCAGAGUGAAGGUGUGUGGGGUCAUGAGGAAGGCAUGUGGAUGUUCAGUGUGAUGUAGGUCAAGGUUGGGUAGUGACACCCUGUGCAGAGCUGGGUGCUGCAGGGGUGCCCCCGUGCCCUCCACACUAAGCAGGGCGCCAGUGCCUCGGAUGCCCUGGGAUGCUUG